AAUUGUUGUCGCUAGAUGGUGGCACCAACAUUUCUCUAAUCACGUUCUGAAAACAAACGAGGGAGUAGAGCACAUCAAAUGGCGUCUUUCUGAACGUUUGUAUUAUCUCUGAUUUGUAGUAACAUUGAACGCACACUAAUGUUUGGGAACUUGGCGGGAACUAAUUGCAAAAGUAUUAAGCGGAAGAUUGAAGUUAUUUUAUUUCUUUAAAAAUGCCGGCUGAUCAGAUCCAGUAUUCUGAGAAGUACCAUGACGAUAAGUAUGAAUAUAGACACGUCAUUUUGCCACCAGACAUUGCGAGACAUGUGCCUAAACCACAUUUAAUGACAGAAACUGAGUGGCGAAAUCUUGGAGUUCAACAGAGCCCAGGUUGGGUUCACUAUAUGAUUCAUACACCAGAACCUCAUGUGCUACUGUUCCGGCGAGCACGUAUGGAGGUUCCCCAAGGCUCAACAUCACAUGCAGCUGCAGCCAGAUGUGUUGCUGUUAAGUGAAUUGUACUCUGUACUAUUUGUGAUUACCAAAAAUGGACUUACGACACAUUACUACUUUGCUGAAGAUUUAAAAUUAUUAUAAUAGACUGAUAGUUGCUUUUGAUCCUAGUUAUAAGUGUUCUUGAUGUGCCAGAUUUGUAUUCUUUUCCAUUGUAUAGUAAUAUUUUUGUAAUACAGAUUGUUUUCUUAUUUCCUAGACUUGAAAUUCUUUGCAUGUAUUGGUUAAUUGAAAUUAGCUUAAUUUUAUGGAAUGCUACAUAUUUGAUUUGAGACUUUCGCAGCAAGUACAGUCAAUAAAAUCUUCUCGGGCAAUCAGCCGUGUUAACUGGUUACCUUAGUAAAGCAACGUUUCGGAAACCAACUUUGUCCCCAUCAUCAGGGUUCAGAACGUCGGUUUACUACGGUAACCAGUUAACGCGGCUGAUUGCUCAAGAAGAUUUUAUUUCUACAUAUUUGUUCAUAAGGAAGUAUUAAUGUCAGGAUCAUUUGUAAUGAUAGUAUAGGCAUUCAGCCCUGUUCUUACUUAACAUAGUCAUACAUAUUUGUUUUGUUCAAUUGAAGGUGCCAUGGAAUAUAACUGCCUUUCUCCAAUAAGCAUGACACAUAUCUUGGUCCUGCAUAGUAAGAACCUUUGUAAUAAGUAAUUAUAUUAGCAUCCAGCAAAUGGAGGUCAUGUCUAUGCCUCGUGUUAAACAUGUGUUGUAGAAUUUGUUUGAAAGUUUUCCAUGCUGUCCACAACAAAUAGCAGUAAUAGGUAAGGAUUCACUUAUAAGUGGAAGUAUAUAAAAUUUCUUAAAGUGGUUCUCUAGUAGAGACAUUGUAACACCUACCAUUAUUCUAAUGUUUUUCUUUUGGAUGUUAAACACAGAGUGGAUGAAAAUAAAUGACUAGAAUUCAGA